AUGCAUGACAACAACUCCAAUCAUGAUAUCAAUUCCUAUCAACAGUCAUUUAUGAACAAACCAUAUGAGCAAGAAAGAGAACUUCGAGAACAUCUAGAAAUGAUCACUUCUAAACUGGAAAACAUGUCUGAUCGAAUCUCGACUAUUAAUAAAAGUAUUUUGUUUGUUACCAAAAGGCUUGACGACUUAGAAUCAAAGAUCGGUCAAUAG